UGCCUUGCGCCUUCUGUGCCCAGGAACCCUGGCGCCUCUCCAAGCCACGGGUCUCAUGGUGCCAAGAGAGGAGCGCCAGGGCUUCGAAGGGAAAGGGGCGGAAAAGUUACUUUCCUGCAGAGCAGAUGAUGGCGGCAGCGCGGAUGGCAGGCUUGGCCUCAGAGAUGAGGUUCCUGGUCCCCUGGGGCCACAUUGCGGCCAAGGCGUGGGGGUCUCCCCAAGGCCGACCCGUCCUUUGUUUGCAUGGUUGGCUGGACAAUGCAAACACUUUCGACAAGCUAAUUCCCUUACUCCCAAAAGAUUGCCAUUACAUAGCAAUAGAUUUUGCAGGCCAUGGCCUGUCCUCCCACCGGCCAGCUGGGUAUCCGUACCACCUAGAAGACUACAUGGGUGAUGUGCAUAGAGUAGCAGUAGCACUGAAAUUGAGUCGAUUUAGCCUGCUCGGUCACAGUUUGGGUGGAACCGUUGCAUGUGUGUUCUCAUAUAUUUUCCCUGAAAUGGUGGACAAGUUGAUCCUGGUGGAGUCGCUUGGCUUUAACCCAAGAGCUCAGAAAUGGGAGAAAUGUCUAACUGACACCCGGGCAGUCCUUGAGAAUCAGCUGAAUAUUGAAGCCAAGCAACAUCAAUCUCCCAAAGUGCGCAGCUCUGAAGAGGCCCUUCAGAGGUUGCUAGAGGCAAACAGUCACCUCACGGAAGAAAGUGGGAGGAUAUUGCUGGAGCGAGGAGCUACCAAAGUGCCAGGAGGUUUGGUCUAUAACAGAGACAUAAGAGCCACCUCGCAUAUCAGCUCUUCUACACCUUUCCAACAUCAAGUGACUUACGUGAAAAAAAUCCAGGCUGAUGUACUGAUAAUCUUAACAGAAGAUGGGAUGUUUAGAAUUGGAUCCAAUCAUUCUCAUCUUAUAGCGAUAGUUUUGGAAGCAUACAGAGCCUCAUACAAACAGCAUUUUCAGUUUGUUAAGGUCCCUGGGAAUCACUUUAUCCACCUCAAUGAGCCUGAAUACGUGGCUGGGAUCAUCAGCACCUUUUUAAACGAAAAUGAAAGUCUCAAGGCAAAUUUAUAAUCCAGAACAGAACAGAAGGAAUAAACACUGUGAGAGGUUGUACAGAAAAA